GUGGUUGGAGACCGCAUGGCUUCAGGUGGUGCAGAGGAAGACGAUGGAGGCAUUCCAUUGGACAUUGACAACGUGCACAUGCUCCUCCAAGUGGAGCAUGAACAGAUUCAGAAAAGAACUUUCACCAACUGGAUAAAUGCUCAACUCGCCAAGAGAUGCCCCCCAUCAUUUGUGUCGGACCUGUUUUCUGACCUCAAAGAUGGGUCACGGCUGCUUGACCUGUUGGAGGUGAUGAGUGGUCAGUCUAUGAAAAGACAAAGGGGACAUGGGGUUUUCCAGCAGAGGGCCAACAUUGAGACAGCACUAAGCUUCCUUAAGAAAAAAUCUAUCAAGUUGGUGAACAUAAACAUCCCAGAUAUCAUAGAUGGACGGCCCUCCAUCGUCCUCGGCCUUGUAUGGACCAUCAUUCUCCGCUGUCACAUUGAGGAGCUGGCCAGCGCUCUCUCCUUCAGCUCUCGUCAUUCCUCCCUCGACUCUCUGGCCAGCCUGGACUCCUGGUCUGGCAGCCCCGUCCCAUCUAGUCCAGUCCCUGCAGGCCGGACAUCUCCCCUCCACAGACGCUUCAAAAUAUCUGCCAAGAGGGCCCUGCUCAUGUGGGUCAGGGACCAAUGCCAAAGGGUUGGUACCUCUAUCAGCGUGAAGGACUUUAAGUCGAGCUGGAGAAGUGGAGAGGCCUUCUUGGUCAUCCUUUCUUCUCUCAGACCACAGCUGGUUGAUCUGUCACUGGCUCAGUCCAGAAGCAACCAGGAGAACCUGGAGGAAGCUUUUCACCUCGCCGAGAGGGAGCUCCACAUCCCCCGCCUGCUGGAGCCGCAGGACGUUGAUGUUAAAGACCCUGAAGAGAAGUCCAUUAUGACAUAUGUGGCCCAGUUUCUACAGUACUCCGACAUGCCAACACCUGACGACCAUCUGCAGGUAUCUCCGAGCGAGCGAGCACAAGAGGCGACUUGCUGGCUGCAGCAGGCCUUUGAGGAGCUCUCUGAAGCACGAACGGCAACAGAGAAUUCAGGCUACGCAGAAAAAUAUCGAGUGUUCCAGAGUCUCACUGGCUCCUUCAUGGAGCAGAGGAGACCUGUAAUGACCCUCCUCGCUACAAUUAGACGCUGCCCUGAGCUGAGUCGAGAGCAGCAAGCUCUCAGGGCAGCAUGGGAUCAACUGGAGGAGGAGCUGCAGAGAUGUAAAGCAGACCUGGACCUGAGUCUUCCUCCUUCUCUGGAUUCGGUGGUGGUGUGGCUGCAGCGUGCGGAGGCGGCGUUAACAGAGGAGGGAGGGAGGGUGAAAGAUCACGCAGGCGCAGCUAAAGAAGCAAGAGCUCAGCAAGACACCCUAAAGAAUAUAAUUAAGGAGAUGAGCCACCAUGUCCAAAUCCUCGACAACUAUGACAACACGGAUGACUCUGGAAACGUCAUAGUGCCCCUUGAAAAGUUUGAGGAGAUAAAAAGACGUGUAACGCAUAUCAGAGUCACAGCUAAAUAUCAAGGGAUCAAGUUGGAAUACCAGGAACAUCGUCUCACCGUGCUGGACCUCCUGAACCGCAUCAAUGCUAAGAUCCAGACCUGGAAAAGUCCAUACAGAUCAAAGGAGGCUGUAGAUGUGCUACUGCACGACUGGCAUGAGACAGUGGAGCGGCAAAGCAUGCUUUUGAUUCUGAUGGACACUCUCCAAAACCUGAAGGAGAAGGCAAACGCUUACACCAGCAAAGCAGCACUAGGUGAAGAUUCCCAGCGUGUUAAUCGUCAGGUGAAGGAAGCGGAAAACGAAGCUGAGUCGGUCUCACAGGCUGUGCCAGCUGUGAAAGGGAUGAUGGAGAGAGUGGUGUCUGCGUGGGAGACUUACAACAAGUGCCUCACCUCUCUACAGACAUGGCUCACACAAAACACACAGUCUCCUGCUGCAGGGACACAGCAGGAAAUGAGUGAGUGGACGUCAUGUCAAGCUAAGUUAAACGAGGUGGGGAAUCUGCUUAUUGAAGUGACAGAAACUUCAACCAGCCGCACUCUGGCCGAACAACUCAGCAAGGUCAACAUGCAGUGGGCUGAGUGUGUGAAGAGGACAAAAUUUGAAGUGUCAUCGGAGCCCAGUGUCGGUCCCCCAGGUCUUCAAAUGGUGCAUUCACUGACCCAGGAGGCCAGCUGGCUACUGAGACAACCACUGGACGUGGCUUCUGUCCCACUGAAGGCUAACAGACAGAAACUACAGCUGCUGAGUAAAAAGAUGGCAGAAGUGGAUAUGUCAUCUCUCAGUUCAUCCCCAGACUUUCAAACAAGCCACAAAGAGAACCUCCAGCAAACUCUCCCGCAGGUAUUCUCCUGUAAAAACUCUGACUCACCGCAACAUUCUGUGCUGUCUGAAGCAGAGAGGACCUGCGGGGAGCUGCAGCGGGCUGCAUCCAGGCUAGAGGGCCGUCUGGCAGAGCUGGACCACUGGAGCACAGAUGCGCUGGACUGUUACCAGAACCUAAAGGAUAAAGAGCACAGAGGGCGCUCUGCACUGGACUCUACAGCCAAAGUGCUGAUCUCUCGGGGCUCGCAGCUAGAGAACCAGGUUGUAACUGAGGGACGGGAUCUGCAGGACUUUGUCGCACGAGUACAGAAAACCUCUCCUCUGCAGCACCUCAGUACCUCUGGGAUGCAGGACAGGAUCUCAGAGGCAGUCUCUCACGGCCAGGAGAUUCUUGGACUGUUUAGUUCCCUUGGGUUUAAGGGGAAUGUGGGUGAACCAGUCCAUCAGACCCAGAGACAGCCAGAGACGGGGUUCCUUGUUGUGGCCAGAGCCAAACAUGUAGACCAGACUGGGAAUGUUAAGCUGCAAACCCAGGACCCAAAUCAGCUCUCACCUCAGAUUCCAUCUCAUAUGCCUCAACAAAGGACAAGAGAGCUCCAGGAUAAAACAACCAUUGUUAUACCCCAUGUCAAAAUCCAAAUGCUGCCUCAGCCUCUGAAGGAACCAGUACCUCAUUUUCACUCUUCUCUUUCUCAAAGUGUAAAAGAAGCUGAACCUCAGUCCAUGGUGCAGCCUCAGUCAUUUGCUCAAGCUUCAAGUCCCAGUCAAAAUGAUCAACCUUCACCAUCUUCAACCCAAACUGCUGCUGGACCAAUAUCUCAGAAAAGUCUGGUUCUGGUUCUGUCUAAACACAUCACAAGUCCAGUAACAGAGGGACACGGAAGCUCACCUCCCUCACAAACUCACAAAUCCAAAUCCAGAAUAAGAGGCCAACAAAACACUUUACAGGUUGAUAAAACAUCUCCACUGCCACCCGUCGUGGUCCGCAGUGAAGUUCAUUCUAAAGCCCAGUCAAUGGCAAGAAGCAGGCUGGAGAAGGCCAGAGUUCAUCUGCACGGACGCAUCCAGCAAGCCAUCAAGUUAUUUGGUGGCAGAGAGAUUUCAGAGUCACAGGCCAAGAAGAAGCAGCGGGCUUUAAAGAUUCUGCAGCCUGUCAUCCUCGACGAGUUCCUGGAUGCAGUGGAAGGUUACGGGGCCUUCUGCUCCGGGCCCCAGCUCCAGGACUUGAUGCUCCUCUCUGACUCAGUCAGAAAGCAGUGGGAGGACGUACGCAGAGAAAUGGCUGCCUUUGUUCCCAUGUUCUGGUCUCAGCUCAGAGAAGGAAAGCAGCCAUUUUCUGUUGUGCAAAGUCCAACUCAUACUAACGCUCUCAGAGAAGCUUCUGACCAGACUGACCUUGACUCUUUGCAGCAGCAACAACAGGUGGUUUCACAUUACCUGCUCCCACAGGCCGCCAUUGACGGAGCUGCGUCUGCUGAGCAGCGGGAUGAAUCGCUCCGAGAGCUGUGUGAGACAGUGGCACCAGGUGAAUCAUCCUGCCUGGCGACAGAGCAGCUGAACAAGUCAGACGAAGCACAGGACAAACAAACCAGUGACGCGGUUCUCCCAGCACACAGCAGGGGACGGCAGCCCGGGGGAAACACCCCGCUGGGAGCGACUGGCGUGUCGGCAGAAACACACCCGAGCAGCGGUCUGCGACAGACACCGAGCGCGGACAGCCAACAACAAGACCUCUCACCUGCGGCGGGCUCAGUGCCACUUCAUGGUGAUAUCCUGCCACUGCGAUCUCAGGAUGUCCCAACAGGAAGAGAAGAGCAACUGGCACAACAGAGAGGCUCUGGGUCGGGGAAAAUUAAGAAGUCUUCACUUCGAGCCCAAGAACAGCGACUGAAGGCUCGACUGCUGAACAUCACAGAGAGCAACCAGCAAGCCCAAACUCAUAUACAGGCGGUGGUCAGGGGUGACACUGUGGAGGCCAAGCAGGAGCCAGAGUGGACCGUCAUCCCAGAGGCGGUCGCCCCACCACAGGAGGAGCACCCUUCUGAACAGGAAGUACUAGAAAGGUACAGGAAGGCCUGCUUGGUAUUUAAGUCUCAACUCAAGAAGAAUGAGCAACAUUUGCUGGAGUUUAUCCCAGAGCAAGUCACCAUCUCUACUCUGCACAACCAAAGGAAACAACUACAGACUUUAAAACAGGUGACAGAGACACUAUGGUUUAAGUUUGAGCUCCAGUAUGCCCACCUAUCCCAUUCCCCCCAUCUGAUGACCAGAGAAGACCGGAGUGAAGUGGAAAGAGACUGGGAGCAGCUGAGUCAGGAGUGGAGAGGCCAACAGAUCUGCCUACAGAACAGGAUGACGUCUCUUGAGAACACGGCCGACCUGAUGGAGUCUGCGGAUGAGACGACGGCAUUGAUCACACAAAAACUUGACGGCAUCAUCCGACAGUCUAUGGACAUCUCCUCCCUCAACCUGACCGAUCGUAGUCUGCAAUCUGACUUAAAGGAGAUGGACGACAGGCUGCAGUCUGAAGUGAGAAAAAUAACAAAACAAAGCAGUGAAGAGGAAAGACAACACCCAGAGGCCACAUCCCUCCACCAGGCUCUCCACAACAGUGUCAGUCAUCUCAAGCAGCUCAGACAGCAGCUGGAGAAGGUUCAGUCAGCUGCCCAGGCUGUGGAUCACUUCCUGGCCACAGUGAGGGAAGUCAAGGCCGAGAUCCCAGCCCUGCUGGCAAAGCAGGACGACAGCAGGCAGCAAAAUGAGGCGGACUGGGAGCAGGAGAGGCGUUCCUGGCAGGCAGAGAUGCAGCAGAGGUUGCAGACGGCUGCGGACCAAUGUGAAAGUGUUGACAGCAAUUUAAAGGCAGCGGGAAUGACUCUGACCAUGGAUGGUGCAACUGCUACGUGCCAGGAUGUGGUGACAUCGUUGUCUGAGCACGUUGCGGACGUGGAGAAAAAGCUGAUGAGAGCCAGGAAAAGGGAGAGCAAAUAUGGGAUGAAUCUAAUGGGAACGGAGCAAAUGCAGAGGAAUGAAGAGUUGAAUCCCACGGAGAUGCGUCAGACGAAGACUGGGGAUGAUUCACCACAGCUGGAGGGAAUACAGGAGCAGGAGCAUCCCAGUCCAACUGGGGCAGAAGAGGAGUCAGGGUUGGAGGCCCAGAGGAGGAGGCUGGAUGGAGAGAAUGACAAAAAGGCCCAAAGAGAGGAAGAGCACAAGUCUCGAACAUGGAGGUCUGAAGGGGAUGGCAAGGUCCAGAGAAGAGGAAGCAGACAGAUUAAGAAAGAGGGAGAGGAGAAGGAGAGCUUGGUCCAGAGGAGAGCUGCCCUGUUAGCAGCACUGAGGGAGAUGAGGGGAGCAGCUGAGCAUCUGGGGCUGCAGGAGCUCACCCUGCCCGCUCUGCAGCAGAGGACACGAGCCUUGAAAGAGCUGGAAAGUCGUCUUGCUGGUCUCCUUCCUGAGCUGCAGCACAUACAAGAUGCAUCUUCAUCAGGAUCCUGUUAUGUGAGUCAGACCAGCGAGGUGAAGGACGUCUGGGAGGAGACGACAAAGGCUGUAACUGAACGGCUGGAGCAGUGUCGUGUCCUGACUGAGCUGCUGAAGAGGUUUCAGAGCGUUCGUGGUGAGCUGACUGGGACACUGCAGAGAGCAGAAAGCACCAUCAGUGAACAAGCCUCCUACAUGGGGAAAGACAACUUGCAGAGAUUCCACACUAAGGUUCAGGAAAGAAAAGCAGAGCUGAACAGCCUUGGGGAUGGCAUAGAGGAGGUCCGCAGUGUCUGCAGGCAGCUUCACUCUCACCUACGCCAGAUACCAGAAUGCACCAUCGUCCCCUUUGAGAGCGAAGCUGAUGCUCUGAUGGACAGCUGGCUGGACAUUUCAGAAAGGACAGAUUCCCACCUUGAAAACGUGCACCUUGGCCUCACUCUGUGGGAUGGAGUCCUCCAGCUGGGAGCAGAGGUGGAGAGCUGGACUGAGAAUAAACUAGCAGUGUUUGCUCAGUCUCCUUCCUUUCAGUCAGAGGGUGACAUCAAGACACUGCAGAAAGAGAUUGUGGCCCAAGAGAAGAGUGUGGAGCGUUUCCAGCAGAGAGCCACUGAGAUUCAGUCCCUGCUUCAAAGCACAGAGCCCCCGCUGGAGCUGCAGGUGGCGGAGACCCAGAUGAAGAAGAAGAUAGAGCAGCUGAAGGAGCUCGGCUCUGAAGCUGAGGAUGUUUACAGGCAGAUGGUGGCCGCUAAGGGACAAAUUACUGCCAGGAUGGGCGAGUGCUUCAACUCCCUCCAAAAGAUCCAGGACUCCCUCCUCACUCUUGCUGGUUCAGAUGUUGCAGCAGUCCUUGCAAAACUUAAAGAUCUGUGUCGGCAACUGCAGACCCAGGAUGAGCAGGCAGAGAGUUUGCUGGAGGAUCUGCGUGUCCUGACCUCCAUAACAAGUGCAGAUAGCCUAGAGACUCUGUGUGCGGACGGGAUUCAGCUGCAAGAGAAAGUGAGAAACGCCCAUGACCUCUUCUCUGACGUGGAAGAACAGACUCAGAGGAGUAUCCAGGAUCUUGACAGGCUGCAGAAGGAGAGCGAGCAUUUGGAACAGUGGCUGCAGGCCGCUGAGGUUAAAGCAAGAAAGGGGGAGGAUCUUGGUCUCCUGCAAGAGGAAGCACUUAAACAAAGGGUGAGGACUGAGCUCCUCAGUCAGCUUGUGUCAUCUUUACAAAGCAGCAGCCUUCAGCAGUCUGCGCUGGUGGAAGAAAGUAGCAAACUGCUGGAACGAUCCCACAACUUCCACACCAACAUAUUACAUGGUGCCCAGGAGAAGCAAUGCUCUCUGAGCAGGGACCUGGAGGUGUUUCAGGUUUUAUUGAAGUCCACACAAUCCUGGGUCGGAGAUCUGAGACUACGUGUUGACUCCCCACUUGGUGAAAGACACGGUCUCCAGAGUCCUGUAGAGCAGAGACUUCACCGUGCUCAAGCUGUGGUAAGUGCAACCACAGAUGGAGCGGCUCGCCUUGAGGAGCUCAGAGUUACUGGAAAUAGUCUGAGCCACAGACUGAGUGAUGGAGAUGAUCUGAAACAGGAAAUUCAGGAAACCAUUCAGAAAAUAGAGGAGCAGUGGAGGGACCUUCAGCAAUCAGUUGAGCCUUAUCACAGGGUUCUGCAGACUGAUCCAGAGGUCACCUCCUCCCACCUGUCCAGAAGACAGGAGGUCGGCUACAGGGUGGAAGAGCUGCAGCGCCAAAUUGCUCAGCUCCCCACUUUAUUCCCCUGGCCUGGCACAGCUGAACGUAGACAAGCCUGCCUUCUAGCCCGUCAACUGUGGGAUGAAUCUAAAUCCCUGCAAUUAACUCUUACCAGCCUGACUGAACAGAGGAGGGAUCUGGCUGAGCGAACCAGUGACAACAUCUGGGCAGAUUCCUCCUGGGUUGAGCUGGACACCUACUGCCUAUCACUGAUGGCAGAGCUGACGGCUUUGCUACAAGAAGUAACAGACAUGGAAAAAGACACUUUGCAACUUGUAACGCUGAAGGACUCUAUCACAGACAGCGCCACGGUCGAGGCCCAAGCCAGCCUCUCCCAGCAAGUCAGCAUCCUCCAAAACCACAAGAGGGCACUAGACAGCAGCAUCAGAGAAAACCUGGCACUGCGCACAGAAAACAACAACCAGAGAGAUCAACAGGUGAAGGAAGAGGUCUCCUGUGUGCAGACAGCUGUGAAAGAUCUGGCUGCAAAUGUUGGCAAUCUGUGCGGGAACCUUGAAGUGCUGCCUGAUAUCAGCCAGCUCAGACAGGAGUGGUGUGCCAUACAGGACUUUGAUACCAGACUGACAGAGUUGGCGGCAAGAGUUUACAGCCUGCAGAAUACUGGAGAGUCCAGCAUCACACAAGACGUGCUUCCUGCAGAUGUCACUUUGACUGUUGAUGGAGUUGCUAAAGAUGUUGACAGCCUCAGGUCCAUUUUCCUACAAAGGAAGCAGGAGUGUGCAGAAAACACAGCUAACAGGGUGAGACAGGUCGUCGGGCGGCUGCAGCAGUGGAGCCAAACAGUACAAGCUGAACCAUCAUCGCCCAGUCAGGCGGCUCUGGAUGAAGGAUGCUCAAGAAACAGGAAAUACUGUGAGGAUAUCAAUGCGAGCCCAAAGAAAGUGUUUACAAUAGUGUUGGACAUGGAGUUUCCUCUGUACCAGCCACAGGACAUGCAGCAAAGGGGAAAUGUUGGAGCCAGCAGACCAGAUCCCUGUGGCACAAAGAUCACUGAAUUUUCAAGGACAGGACUCCCUGAGAAAAAAUCAGAAUCGUUUUCAACAUUAAUCCGUCCUAAAGCAGAAGAAACAGACUUGAAAGGCCAUAGUUUUAAAUCAAAUGUGUCUCAAGUGGCAGACUCACUGUCAGAAAAGCCCUCAGCGUCAAAGAUGGUGCAAUCUGCAAGUGCCAAAUUAUCAUGCAAAGAAAAGUCAGAAAGCCAUGAAUUAAUGCACAAUGAUGUGUUGAAUUCCUCCAAAUCAUGUUGCGCUGUUGCUGAGUGUCAGCUCACUGGCGCUCAUGCAGCAGACACAACAUUUCCCAAUGUCAAACAAGGGGAGGUGACAGGUUCCUGUCACACUGAGAAGCAAACAAUGAGCUCAGUCUUAUGCGCUGUGGAAAGUUCAGCGCAAACUGGAGGUGCCAUAACUACAACUCACAUACCUGCCGGUGACAAUAAACAGGUAAUGGUUGCUGACGCUGCAGAGAGCACAGGUACGGGAUAUGCAGAGACGGCAGAAGCAGAAAACACAGAAGAAGCAAGUGACCCUGAAGGCCCUGAGUCCGUACGUUCGGAUGCGCCAGAAAGACAAGAAAACACUUCGCUGCGAAAAGGAGAAAGUGAAUCAAAGUUACCUGCAGCGCUGGAGGACAAAGAGGUGACACAGGGACAGCGUCAGAUGCAAGAAGACAUGGAGCCUGAGAGGACGACGCCGGGUUUGUCAGCUGAUUGGGGUGCCGGAGAGACGACAGGUGGAUCAACAGCGUCCUGCAAACACAGAUCCACCAUGCUGGAUAUCUUGUCUGAGAUACAGAGCUUGGCGGAAAGAAGUAACAUAAUAAAUAGGACACCACACAUUGAUUUAAAUUGGUAUCUGAAGUCCUCUCCUGGUGAACCAGAGAUUCGCCUGAUGCGAACAGUCCAGCAGGUUCUGGCAUGUCGAUAUCAACCAGCACAACUCGAUGUGGCUGCUAUGGCCAAACAGCUGGAGGAAGCAGAGGUAUGUGCACCAACUUCUGUAUCACAACAGUUUCAUUUUGAUUCAAUAUCAAAUAAAAUUGUAGCUGAAGGACAAUGGAGUGCAGCACUGCUGGAUGCCUCUGCCACAGUGCAGGUGAAAGCAGCACAGCUGGACCAGAAACGCUUUGGAAGUAGUGCUGUUCAAGCUGACAAACUCCACGCCCUGCUGCAAACCAUGGAACAGAAGAAAAGCAUCAUGGAGGAGCUGCUCCACCUAAGUGGCCAGUUAUCAGUCCACUUGAGUGACGCAGAAAGUUCGGGUGCUCUUCUUGCCCAGCUUGGAGACGUCCAAGAGGAAUGGAGGCUUUUGGAAGGAGGUAUCAAGAGAGCUCUACAACACGCCACAAACUCCAACGCUCAAUCCUCUCUUCUUAUAAAAGAGGCCCAUCAGCUUAAAGUCAAGGUCGAAGCUCUUCAGAAAUCCAACUUUCAAAGCAACGACAGCAAAAGUGCUUUAGAAUUUGUUUGUCUGACCACAGACCUAAAACUGUACAACCAGCUUUAUCUACACUUACAAUCCCAGUCAGAUGCUCUCGUCCAUUUCUCUCUGGGUCAGAAGGAGAAGGAUGAGAUCCAGUGUAAUCUUCAGGAUUUGGGAUCAUUGCUUAAUGACGCCAAGAGAAAGCUCGAUACUUCCACGUAUAGCUGUGGAGGCAUUUCCUCAACUAAGAUCAACAAACAAUUACAAGACCUGAUCAUGUGGGCCAAGCAGGCAGAAAACCACAUCUCCAUUGGGAAAAAGUUAGCUCUUUUCCCAGAGGAGGCUCGUAUUCAGAUUGUUGACAUGAAGAAAUUUCAGACUGAUAUUUUUUCCCAACGGUCCAAGAUGCAAGCACAAGUUGAGGAGAUGAAAGAUGUAGCCUUUGACAUGGGAAAGGAGGAAAGCAACGAAGUAUUGAAGACAGUAGAGGACCUCUAUGAAGCCAUUGUUGACAGCUUGGAUCAUGUUCUUGUUACCUUGAAGAAACACCUACACGAGCGGGAGAAACUCUUGUCCCAGCUUGCUAGCGUGGAUGCCUGGCUAGCAGCAACACAUGCUACAAGAGACCCCUGUGCCCAUGUUGAAAAUGUGUCCAAAGCUGACAUCCAAGAGCUGGAGAGCAAGCUGGAGAGUCACAAAUUAGCCACUGUGGAAAUACAGAGCCAACUAAAUCUGGUGGAGGCGAUGGCUGAAAGUUGGAAGGACAUGGCGGUAGGGUUGAGUCCAGGAGAGAGCCGCUACCUUGUCAACAGACUGUCAGGCCUCUGGACAGAAUUGGAUGGACUGCUGGCUCAUGAGAAAGCAACCAGCUGGGAACUACAGGAGCUGAUUCAUGAGCGAACAUCUUCAGAUGAGGAGUUAUCAACCAUCCAGGCUAGCUUAAAGCAAAUUUCCGCUGAUUUGGAUAAGCAAAAAUUCCCUCUAACACAGGAAACCCUUUCAACAGUUGUACAUUUGAAGCACAUGCUAAUGGAGAAUCAGUGUCAAGUACAAGAGCUUCAGCACUGCCAUGAGGCCAAGCGUAGCACCCUGCUGUACACCAUUGGAGAACUGCAAGACAGGUGCAAAGCUCUCAGUCUUAAUGCUUUUGAGCAAGACAAAUAUCUGCACCUGAGGAGACAAAUGGAGGAAUCUAGGGACAUUGCCAAAGAGCAAAUCCAGCGUGCCAAAGACAAAACAAUCAGUGUCGGUGAGAGAUUCAGACUGUGCCAAACACUCCUGGUUGAACUUCCUUUAGUGAAGACACAGUGUCAAGAAGCAGGGGAUCAGCUGGAGGCCAUAGCUCAGGAGCUGUACCCAUCUGAGCUGAAUUCAGAGAGGGAGAGGAUUCACUGCACUGUGGAAACUUUGGUCUCCUGGGAGCACUCUGUCACAGAUGAUAUCAAAUACCUAGAGGCCAAGCUUCUGUUGGGUUUGCGCUUUUCCUCUGAACUUCCUGCCUUAAUUGAGCUUUUCCAAAAUACAAGAGUGGAGCUGGAGGGAGCCAGGCCAGUCGAUCCAGAGGAGAAAGCAAUUGACAGUGCACUACGAAGAUACUGGGUCCUUUGGAGGAAUAUGGAGUCUGGGAUGAGGGUUUUAGAAGUUCUGGGACGGAAGGAAAAAAUUAACCUGAAGAACUUCAAGGAGCUAUACUCUCUCAGGGAUGUGGCCAUGCAAGAAUGUCAUUUACGAAUGGAGAGUUUAUCUCAGGCUCGAGAAUCCUUGAAGGAUUACCAAUGGGCCGCUCAAGGAGCAAUAGCCUUUCUUCAUAAUGCUGAAGCCACCUUUUUGUCAGCUCCCGGAGGGUUUUUGGACUGCACCGAGGAACAGAGACAGAGCCGGCAGGCUUUAGAAGCUCUAGAAGACGGAUUUCAGGCUCAUAUCUGCCACCUUGUGGAACUGGUCCCCCAGCAACCCUGCCUCUCCUGCCCCAAGGCCGAGCAGCUCCACCUCGGUAUUCUCACCCAGUUGUUGGUAGGAAGAGCUGUACUGGAGGCCCAGGCCCAGCUCAGGCUGGAGUCCUUGCAGAGUUGUGCAGCAAGACAACAAAGUCACAGGAGCUGUCAUGAAGACGUACGGCAUCGUCUUUCUAGGUCUGAAGCUGGACUUUCAGAAUGCGCUGCGGCACAAAUCAUGUCAUACGACAAAUGUGUUGCCCAACAAAAGAGAGCAACGCUACUGAUGGAGGAUCUCCGCAACCUUGCUGGGAAGAUAGAAGAACUGAGGGCUGGAUGUCCGAUGCAGGGCUGCGGAGUUGGUAAAGACGGUGAGCUGGCUGCCCUCUGGCGCCGUUGGGUAUCGUUACGACGUGGCGUUGGCGUUCUGAUGGCACACGCAGAACAGAGACAAGAGGAAUGGAAGGACAUCACUACAAGUAUUGAGCAGUGUUGCAGUUUUUUGGCCAGUCUUCAGGCAGAGGUGCCUGACUCCUCCACUGUGAGCUUCACUCAAGAGAAACCCCUGGAGCUUCUUGCCCAGGCUGAGAUGCACCAGGCCGGCCUGGAGCAGGAGCAGCAGGCCUUGGCCUCCCUGGAGCAUCGACUGGAGCAUGCCCUGAGCUUGUCCAGUUCACAGGAUCCCAUGAGUCCCGGACCUGUUGGCAGAACACUGGUGAAGAUCCAGGAGAAUGUCAGGAGCCUAAAAGAGAGAAACCUGCUGGUUGUAGCUGCAGCCCAGGCAGAGGAGAAAGAGAGACAGCAAGUCCAAGCGGAGAUAGGAGAGGUGGCGAAACACAUGCUCGCCAUUCUCUCCACGCUGGAAGCUUGUUCGAACGCAAGCAAACGACAGGAGCUCAGAGAGGAUCUGUCCUCUCAGAGGUCCAAGCUAAAGUCCAUCAUGCAUGGUGUAGAGAGCCGGUAUGAAGAGAUUCCUGAUGAUAUCAGCAAACGGUUACAAAAAGUUCAACUGUCCCUACAGAGAGCAGAGGAGAAGCUCAUGGAGGGGAGUAGCCCGGGUCGCCAGCUGGCUGGUCGAAUGGUGGAGCUUUGUUCUGGCCUCGAGAAAGUGAAAGCGUCACUGGAGCAGAAAAGUCCAACAGUCAACAACGCUCAAAAUAUGCUCAAGCAUGUUUGGGAUGAGCUGGAUGCGUGGCACAGCCGCUUGAUGAUCCUGGAGAGCGAGGUGCACGAUCUUGCGGAGGAGCAGCCGGACCAAGCUCACCUGCUCAUGGACCAACUCACACAACCACUGCAGCUCCAUCAAAACGUGUCGCAGAUGGCCGAACAUCGCACUGCCUUCCUCAGCAAGAUCCCAGUCUGUCUUCAGGAGUUACAAGACAUUUUGUACAGCGCCACCUGCUGGAUGGAGGAGGCCCAGACAUGGCUCAACGCUCCUUGCUCAUUCACAACAGCCAGAAGCCUCCAGAAUCAUGCAAGCUCUCUGCAGCUGGUCCUGGACGACUCAGAGAGGAUUAGGGACACCUUGCAGGGCUUCAGGCCGGUGCUGGCUGAGAUCUCUGCUGUGUGUGACAUCAACACGCAGGAGAAGCAGCUGGACCAGAAUGACCAACAAGUCCACAAAAUGCAACGCAACCUCCUGGAGCCACUGGAGCAACUCCUGCAGGCUGCCGUGGUGGUGGAUGUGAUGGAAGCUGAGCUUAAGACUAUGGAGAAGAAUGUUCCCAAGAUCAGAACCAUUUUAUCCUCCAUGGACGACUCCAACAUAACUCUAACGGAGCAUCUUCAAAACCGACAGGUGAUCCUGGCCAAUGUGCAGUCAAUGCAGAGGACACUGGAGGAGCUGGAGAAAUGCAAAGUGGAGCUUCACCUCCCACAAGGCGCAGAGGAGAGCCUGCUGGCCUUCUCCCGAACCGGACUGCUGCUGCAGCCGCUCGAGGAACUGGAACAACUCACACAGCAACAAGCCUCUCUGCUGGAGAACAAGAUUAGGGAGGAGGAAGAAACCAGCAAGGAUGUUGGCAUCACCCCAGUCUCCAGUAAUCCUGAAGAGAGACAGCAGCUAUACAGAUCUCCACAAAGACACUUAGUCCAGCAGGAGGCUUUUGAAGUGUCUAAUUCAGAGGAAGAGGAGGAAGAGGAUGACGAGAGUUGUCACUCGUCGUCCUCUGACACACUAACAUGCAGUAUACCGGAGGACCCAGAGGAGACACUCAACGUUUCAGAUGUGACAAGUGAGGAUAUUGCUGAAAUGAAGCCACUGUCAAAGGUUAAGGAACUGGGGAGUUUGGUUCAUGAGUUUUCAUCUGAAGUGGAGACGAGCUCCAGAGGAGCCGAAUCUGGGCUUUUAUCUGUGAAGCCUCGCUGUGAUACCAACGACUCUGGAUCUAAAAAUAUCGGAGCUGGAUUCAUAACAAUGGAUUCUAAAGCUGAUGUUGGCGAUUCGUCUCGUCCCGAAACUCUGACUGCUGAGCCACUGAUCUCUGCAGUCAUUCCAGCAGCUAAAGACCAGUUUACCGCUGCUACAAAGCCCCCUCAGGCUGCAGCAGCGAUUGAAGACACAAGACUGAUUCCUGCAAGACCUAUAGCUCCAUUCACGCCCACGAGAGAAUCAGUGCUCAUAGAGGAUGGAGACAGGGCAGGACAUGAGGAAGAUGAGAAGGAGCAGCAAAGGUGGAGUCGACUUUAUACCCAGAUCUAUCAAAAACUGACCACUUUGAAAAAAGUUCAGCAGGAGCAUCAAACCUUGAUUAGCAGCUCAGAAGAUGGAGGGACCCAUGAAAAGGUUCCAGAAAAGGAGCCGAUAUCAAGCGGAUCUGCUUCUGCUGUUCUCCAGUGGACACACGAGUCCAUCACCAUGCUGAGACAAAUAGUGACGCCUGCAGACAGCUCUCAUCCAGGUGUGAAGGAGGAGUUGUACGAGGCUGCACGGAGGGUCCUCUUCUGUCUGGACUCUUGGACUGACCUCCUCUUGACUCCUGGUGGCGCUGAUGAAGAUGACCUCCCCCUGAGGCUGCUGCAGCAGGAGUGUGUAUCAAGUGACCUGGUGAUUCUCACUGAGCUGUUAAAUAAAGUGGAGUCAGAAACCAGGCCUGCACUUUCCAAAGAGCAACCAGACGCUUACCACUGUUUGACCUGCCUUCAGGACUGUCUCUCUACAGUCCAGCUGGUCUUCACCUCAUCCAGAACUCAGGUCAUUGAACAUCUGGGCCUCAAAAACCAACAUCAGGACUUCUUCAAACAGCUGUGUAUUUUGGACGAGUUUGAACUGGGACAGAGUGAGACCUUCCCAAGUCUAAAGGAUGCUCCUAGUUUGGAGCAGUGUCUCCAGGGAAGACAUCUGAGGGAGAGUCCGGGGGAAAAAGCCAAGGUACAGCAAGCAUCUGGCUCCUUGCUUCAGGGGAUAACUCACCUCCUGGAACUGGGCGAAGAAGGCAUAAAAGAAAGGCAGAUGAGCCAGGUUCACAACCGCAGCCAACUUCAAGCCGCUCUCUGCAGACCCAAGAGGCUCCUGCAGGUCCUCAGGUCUCAGUUGGCUUUUGUGCAGCAUCUAUUUCAACGUGAACCAGAGGUUUUCAAGUGUCAAGAGGAUGAGCGCUUACAGCUGGAGGUCAGGGCCAAAGCUUUGCAGCAACAGGCUCUGGAGCAGGAAGUGGCUUCUUACAGGAGGCUGCAGGAAUGGACCAUUUGGGAGGAUAAUUGCGGUCAGCUGGGUAGGGUGCUGGAUGAGUCUGAAGCCCUCAUCAGCAGCGGGGAACCAGAGGGAGACGACGAGGAGUCGUCUGUCGUACAGCACAGACUAGACGCCUGCCAGCAAACACUGGUCCAGCUGGAUGACAGCAGAGCAGCUUUAGGACUGCUCCUGGAUCAGUGUAAGGUGCUGCAGACAGAGCCGGUGUUUGCUGCCUCAGUCGGCCUGGCAGGAGGUGCUCUGGAGCUGCGAUGGAGGAGUGCCUUCAGGCGGACAGAGCAAGAGAUCCGACGCUGCAGAGACAUCCAGGAAGUCCGUGCCAGAUUCCAGACAGACUUCACCUUGGUCAGUAAUUGGCUGGUUGGUGCCAGUAAACACCUGAAGACUUGGUCAGACCUGGCAGACACCUCAGGCCUGAACCAGGAGUGUGUUCACAAAAGUCUAUUCAAGCUGCUGGACUUAUCCAUGGAGGUGGAGGCCAUGUCGGUGCAGAGGGCGUCUGUUUCUAGGGAAGCCACGCAGCUUCUCCACCUGAGGGAAGCUGACUGUCCCGGGCUGAGAGCUCAGAUCGCCCAGCUGGAGGUCCGCUGGAGCCAGCUCACCUCAGAUGUGUCCAGGCUACAAGAGCAGCUACACCAGAAGCUGCUGGCUGGAUGGCCACCGGCGGAGUUGCUGUGUGACCUGGAGGACUGGCUGAAGAAGCUGGAGACUCGACUGAGCCAGGAGAAAGAGACAGUUCUCAAAGCCAAAGAUGCUGCUCAGAUCACUGAAGUCCUGCUACACUACAAGGAGUUAAAGGCAGGUAUUGCAAGCGGCCAGCUCCUCCUCGAUUUCCUGUGCCAGUCUGGGCCUCAGGCGGCGGGAGCAGACAUCCAAGCUCUCCGAUCUGAACGAACACUGUUUGCAGAGACACUUGGUGCCCUUAGACUCCAGUGGCUGCAACUCCAGAGGCAGGUGGAGAGCCAGAUUCAUGGAGCUGAACAGAUGCAGCACACUUGUGCAGCCAGAGAAAGGCGGUUACAGCAUCUUCAUGGGUGGAUAGAGCAGCAGAAAAAGCAACUGACUCAGUGGGAACAACCCACCAGUCAAACGUUCGCUCGUAAGGCCCUGCUAGAGUGGGAGGCUGUUGUAGGCAGAGUGAAAGGGGUGGCUGCAGCUUUGCAGGAGUUGAAAGCCACACGAGCUCAUGCUGAAAAGGAAGAGGAGCACCCCUGUGAUAUCACGUUCUGGAACCAGGCAGAGAGUGUCAGUCAUGCCUGUGAGGAUCUUAGUCAACAGAUGGAAGCUCUGAGACCAGCUCUGCAACAGACUGUCACAGAGUGGAGUUGUUUUGACAGAGAUCUGAGAGAGGUUACUCUGCACACCAGUAGGGUGCGCUGUGCUCUGCAGCAUCAGCAAGCUCCUGUGUUCUCACUGACGCAGGCAGAGGGACACGCGGAACACCUCCAGCAACUCCAGGGGAAUGCUGGGAAAGGAGAAACGCUCUGGGCGGCUGUGGAAAAAUCAUUCCAGAGUCUCAUGAAGACUCUUCAUCAUGGAGCAGCGCAGGCACUAAGUGACCAAAUGGAAGGAGAGCGGAAACGGUGGAAGGACGUGGUGCAGGAGCUAAAGGACAUGCACGUGAAGACCGGAGAGACACUCUCCCUUUGGCAGGAGUACAGUCGUCUCUCUGAUAACUGCUCCCUGCACCUGCAACAGCUGUGGCUUCAGUGGGAGGAGCUGUCGACUUCUUCACCUGCGCAGGACACGCAGACAAUGGUUGCCUCAGUGGAGAAGCUGCAGGUUGUUGCUGAGGGCUUGCAAAGCAGUGUGGGAGAUGUACUGGAGGCUUCCAAGCCUCUUAUGGGACGGCUAGGACCUCCUUCUGCAAAUUUGAUCCAAUCACAGACCAGACUGCUUUCACGUGACGUCCUGCUUCUCUGCCAGGCAAUGUCAGGGAAAAAGAAAAGUCUUCAGGAUGAUGGUGAGGAGCAGAAACGAUUUCAUACUUGCCUGCAGACCCUUGAAAAGCAGACACAGAACAUACAAAACAAACUGAGGGCCGGUGUAAAUGACAAAGACUCUGUGAAGCAGGUUCUCCUGGAGCUCAGUGAUCUGUUUCCGUCACUGGUUGACGUCAGGGAGACGAGCGGCUAUUUGACCCUGAACAACCAGGAGAGGGAGAGACUGCACAUGCUCAGCAGGGAGUGGAUCGAAAGCAUGACUCGCAUAUCUGACAGGAACAGAGAGCUGCAGGCUGAGCGUCAGAGUUCCCAGACCUUUCAGGAGAAGUAUAAGAACCUGAUGCUUGUAAAGGAGAAACUUGUUGAGGAAUCGAUGUCUAAAAAACCUCUAAGUCUCUCCUGCCUCCAAGAGAUGCUGACUGCCCAUCAGAGGCUUCAGGCUGAAAUAAUUACUGGACACCAGCUUCUGCGGAGUCUCCUCAGUGAUGCAGUCAAGUCCAUGGAAAAAGAAACAAGAGAGAAAAGAUCUGAGCUCGUGGCACAAGUGGCCAGUGUGAAGGAGAGCUGGUUCAGUGCCGUUGCUCUGGCUUGCCAGCGCAGGUCCUUGGUAAAAGAACAGCUCAGACAACGAAGAAUCUACCACCAUGGCCUGAAACAUCUGUGGAAGCUGCUGACGGACGUUGACCCUCUGCUGCCCCCUGCUGGUCCCGCUCUCUGUACACUGCAGCGAUUGGGAAGCUGCGCGGAUGAAUACCAGUGUGUUGAAGAGGCUUUGGGUCUGCGGUCCACCGUCUACAACCAGACACUGGAGGCUGGCAAACAUUUGUGUGAAACCAUGACGGAGUCUGAGUGUCAGAGUCGACUGCAGUCAGAGCUGCAGGCCGUAGAGGAGGCCUGGAAACAAACCAGCUCACUGCUGGGCAGGAGAAGAGACCUGGUUAAUACAACUCUUCAGAAGUGGUCUCAGUGUCAGGACGGGAUGACCAACAUCUUGUCUGAGCUGGAUGAGGUGAAGACCAAGAUGAAUCAGCAGCUGCCUGAAAGCCCAGAGAAGCUCAUCCAGGAGACAGAACUCUCUCUGCAGCGUUUGGCCAGUGGAUUGAGGGAACUGGGCACCAUGAAGACGGACCUGUCCCAGUACAUCACGGCCGGUGACUCGGCUCUGCUGGAGCAGCAGCUGGAACAACUCCACGGUCAAUGGGAAGAGCUGUGUAUGAAGGUAUCCUUGCGCAGGCAGGAAAUCGCAGACCGCCUCAAUGCCUGGACCAUCUUCAACGACAAGAACAAAGAGUUCUGUGAUUGGCUGACUCAGAUGGAGAACAAGGUGUGCCACAGUGGAGAUCUGAGCAUCGAGGAAAUGGUGGAGAAACUGAAGAAGGACUGCAUGGAGGAAAUCAACUUGUUCAGUGAGAAUAAAAGCCACCUGAAGCAGUUGGGUGAGCAACUGCUGUUAGCCAGCGAUGAGGCCAAGCAGACCCAGGUCCGCGGCUCAAUGCAGGAGGUGAACCAGCGCUGGCACAACCUCUUCCACCACAUCGAAGCCAGGGUGAAGAAGCUGAAGGAGACGCUGGUCACAGUGCAGCAGCUGGAUAAGAACAUGAGUAAUCUCCGUUCGUGGCUUUCGCGAAUUGAGGCUGAGCUGUCCCGACCAAUCACCUACAGCGUCUGUCACCACCAGGAGAUCCAGAGGAGGCUGGCUGAGCAGCAGGAGCUGCAGAGGGACAUUGAGCAGCAUACGGAGGGCGUAGCGUCGGUGCUCAACCUGUGCGAUGUUUUGCUGCGGGACGAAGAUGCUGCCGGCGGCACUGAGGCGGAGAGCGACUCCCUGCAGGAAACCAGCCGCAGCCUGGACCAGCGCUGGAGGGCCAUCUGUACCAUGGCUCUGGACAGGAGGCUCAGGAUCGAGGAGACGUGGAGACUCUGGUGCAAGUUCCUCGAUGACUACUCGCGGUUUGAGGAUUGGCUGAAGAUGGCUGAGCGCACCGCUGCCAACCCCAACUCUGCAGACGUCCUUUAUACUGUCGCCAAAGAGGAGCUCAAGAAGUUCGAGGGUUUCCAAAGGCAGGUUCAUGAGCGACUGACCCAGCUGGAGCUAGUCAACAACCAGUACCGCCGUCUGGCCAGGGAGAACCGCACCGACCGGGCCAGCCAGCUCAAAGCCAUGGUCCACGAGGGCAACCGGCGCUGGGACACCCUGCACCGCAGAGCGGCCUCCAUCCUCCGCAGGCUCAAGUAUUUUACGAGCCAGAGGGAGGAAUUUGAAGGCACCAGGGAGAGCAUGCUGGUGUGGCUGACCGAGCUGGACCUGCAGCUCACCAACGUUGAGCACUUUUCAGAGAGCGACGUCCAUCACAAGAUACAGCAGCUCAACAGUUUCCAGAAGGAGAUCUCACUGAACACUGAGCGCAUUGACGGGCUGAUCGUGUUUGGAGAGGGUCUGAUCCAGAGGAGCUCGCCGCAGGACGCAGCGCUGAUAGAGGACGAGCUGCAGGAGCUGCACACCUACUGCCAGGAGGUUUUCAGCAGACUGGUCCGCUUCCACCAGCGACUCAGCCAGCCACCGAUCAAAGAAGAACCUGAGCUCUCUGGUACCACUUUUUCCUUGGAGUCGAGCUUGGAGCUGAUUGGCCGGCCGUGGCUUGGGCGGACCCAAGGAAGCCUCCCGGCCACACCCACCCACCUGCUGGCCUCCCCGCUGGAGCGUUCAGGGCGGGAGACACCUGUGAGCGUGGACUCGCUGCCUCUGGAGUGGGACCACACCGGAGAUGUAGGAGGUUCAUCGACACAUGAAGAUGAUGAGGAGGAGGAAGAACGUGAUGAAGAGGGAGCUUACUUCAGUGCACUAUCAGAGGUGGAGUUCACUGAGAGCCAGGAGGAUUUUAUUGAAGCCCCAGAAGCGUUACUAUCCUCCUCACUGGUUCCAAGCAGGUCUAUGGUCGGACAUGAGUCUCCAGGAUGGGGGUCACAGACAGACACACACACACCUCUCCAGCUGCACUCUGAGGCUGCACCCACUCUCACCAGCACGCCCAUAAAGCAGGGCUAUCUGGGUCUCAUGACUCAGUGCAGCGGCAGCAUCAAGGACAUUAAAAGAGUCUCGCUGAUUCUGGAUGACGAGGAGCAGCCGAGGGAGCUCGGUCUGACGGGACUCAGCGCCUCAGACAAACAGUCAGGUGUGAUUGAACGCUGGGAGUUGCUCCAGGCUCAGUCCAGGAGCGAUCAGCAGGCCAGCCCUCAGGAGCCCCGACAGCUCACGUCUGACCUCGACGACAUCACCUCCUGGUUAGAAAACGUGAUCCCAGAGCUGGACCGCCUCCAGCCGUCCAACCCAGCGGCGAGCAUCGAGGACAUGGAAGCCAGAGCCAAAGAACUAAAGGAGAUGCAGAGGGUGUUUACUCGCUACAAGUCCAUCAUGCUGUCUGUCAACCUGAGAGCUCAGGAGGCCCCAGACCUACAGCAAAGACUGGCGAGUAUGAACAGAGACUGGAGCAGAGCAUGUACCGGCCUCCAGCAGUGGGACACCAGUCUGAGGAACACGCUGAUGCGCUGCCAGGAGUUUCAUGAAACCCUCCACUCUCUGUUACUGUGGCUGGCCCACGCAGAGAGCAGACGCUACACAGUGGACAUCAGUCACCCAGACACACCUGUCAGAGCGCUGCGACAACAGCGCAACACGCUCACUGAUCUGCAGGAGGAGCUGCGGGGCAGGCAGGCGCAGCAGGCCUCGCUCCAGGCUCUGUGGUCUCAGCUCCAGCCCGAGGACGGAGCCGAGGAGAUCGACGAGGCCCAGGAGAAGCUUCACGUCACGGGUAACAGGAUGAAGUUGCUCCUGAGGGAGGUGAACCAAGACCUGAGCACCCUGCAACAGCGACUGGGCUGUGAAACUGAAUCAGACGACCAAGGCGCCUCUGCAGAUGCUUCUGAGGAGGCCGCACAUUCAAAGAAAGGUUCCUCGACUCAAAGAGAGAGGAGGGAUUCGUCUCCGCCUCGGUCCUUCUUCUACAGGGUCCUUCGCGCUGCCUUCCCCCUCCACCUCCUCCUGCUGCUCCUCCUGCUGCUCCCCUGUCUGAUUCCCAUGUCAGAGAGCGACCCCAGCUGCACUGUGGCCAACAAUUUUGCCCGGUCUUUCUACCCCAUGUUACGUUACACCAACGGCCCCCCACCCACCUGAUGAUGGAAAUUUUGCAUAUUUUGUUUGAGAACGCAGAGAAACACGUGCCACCUUUUUGUCACAUGACCAAACUGUCAAACAUAAGUUACCCCAAAUUGUAUUUUAAUCUCUAUUUUUAAAGAUUUGAAUUUAGAACAUUGUAUUUAUUCCGGACCUGCCCGUUCGACUGCAUUUCAAUCAGAACAAACAUCACAUGAACAAAAAUGUAGAUAUUCUAGUUUAAUAUUGCAAAGAUCUUGAAACCGUCCAAGAAAAUCAAUCACUGCAGCCUCUUGUAGAACGCACCUGCAAACCACAACUCAAAAAUAGAGUUCAUCAGCAGAUGUUCGUGCUCGCUCAGGUGUGAUUGACUGUUGGAGGCGUGAAGCAGCGGCAGCAAAGACACGUACGUUUAUCUUUCAGCUGCUGUACGAUGCUCAGUGGUUAGAAGAAAAAGCCAGUAAAUAUAUUGAGUCAGUUCAUUGGAGAACAACAAAGAGGAAAGACCCAGUUGAUUAAAAGCUUCAGUCGAUGGAUAAUCAAGUCUAAACAUCCCAUGCAGGACACAGUGGCAGUAGAAGGCUGCAUUAGUGGAUUUUCACUGAACAAGCCGUCGCUUUGCUUCUUUCAGAGCUUCCUUUAUUCAAAACAAUGUACAUACAAAAGACACAUACACUGAGGUCAGUCCUCUGGUCUUUUACAUGUUUAUCAUGACGAUCAUGGUCUGAACUGGACAUUAUUUUAUCAACUGUUGACGUUUCAUUUUGUCUCACGUUAUCCUGCCGGUUACACUGAACUCUACAAAGAAAAAUAAUUUUUUUUAAAUGAAAAAGACACUGGUUGAAUUUGAAUGUAUUCUAUAAAAGGCCAAUAGUACAAAAUUAAAGUUGUUUUUUAUACACAUACUUCUAUAUCCAUAUUUUUUUAGAUGCUGUUUGUGAGCAGACAUGUACAUGCCUCCUGGUGCCAUGUUAGAUUUAGCAGGAUGAUGUUUAUGUACAGAUUGUAAUAAUAUAAUGCAUAUUUAUAACAGCAAAAGGUGGAUUUAUGCUCCUGAUUUUCUGGUAGUAAACACUGAUUGUUUUAAA